CUAGUGAAGUGCACCUGGCUUAUCAUUUAUACCGUUACCGUUAUUGCCGCAAUCGUAUGUGAUUUUUUAGUUAAGCAGUAGCACUAAGCAUACAAUACAUACAGCUUGCCGUUAUCAAAUAGCAAGCUAUACAUUUUUUUCGUAUAUUUUUACUAACUAGCUAAUUUUACGAAGUUUAUAUUCCAAAUUACGAAAGUUAUAUUUUUAUAGUCAAUCAUGGAGAGCUUCAGUUCGCUGGUCAAAGCGCAUAAAGAUUCUUUAAAAAAUAUUAUUAUGGCAUUCUCCUAUUUGAAGCUGUUGCGAGACUUGGCAGCGGUUGUCAAUCAAAGCUUACAGCUAAGCGAUAGUACAAUACCGUUAAUUACCCUGAUGGGCGCCGCUUUGAUAUCCAUACUAGUAAUGCGUGUGGCGCAGCUGCGUAAUGAUCGGGAUUUGUUUCAUCUGUGCUACUCCACCUCGAUGUUAAAUAUGUGCUUCUUGCUGAUAUUCAAAGCAUGUUCAGGCUCCAAAAACUUCCGAAUGUGGCCCAGAUCCCUGUUGCUUAUGUUGCUGACCGUGAGCGGCAUAUGGUAUUCGCUUAUUGAUGAUACAAACAUCUCGGAAAAUCUGUUGAGCAUGGGUUUCACACUGAUAUCGUCAAUACUCAUUCUUCAUGGCAUGAGGCAGGACCACCAAAACCACGAAGUGCCGUCAACUUGCUUCAUAAGUGUGAUCAUGAGCAUUGUCCGAGUACUCCACGGCAUUUCAUUAGCGGACACGUUGUUCAUCUAUCAGAAUCUUUGGCUGCUGUUUCUGGAGCUGCUGAAGAUAUGCGUACUGAGAAUGAAGCGCAAUACUGCUACCCACAGCUCGAGCUCUACGCAUCCCAGAUACGGAAAUUGUUACUUUUGCGGUCGUCAAGGCAUCAUAGUCCCAUUAGUACAUAGGCAGCCGCAAUCGAUACUGACAUUUACGAAUAAUAAAUCAAAAUAUUAAAGACAGCAAUUGCAGUCACAGUCAGUUGCCCA